AUGGCUCAGUGGAGAAAAGAAACUUUACGUGUACUGGUUGAUAUGGACAUGGUUUUGUGCGAUUUUGAACAUCAUUUGUUAGCUGAGUUUCGAAGCAAAUACCCUAAUCUUCCAUAUAUACCUCUCAGUAAAAGGAGAGGAUUCUACGCGAAAGAUCAAUAUGAUAAAACUUUUGGAUCCAAUUCUGGUGACAAAAUCAUGAAGAUCUAUAGAGAUGCUGGCUUUUUCACGAAUUUGCCAGAAAUUCCAAACGCUGUAAAAGCUGUAAAAGAAAUGAAUGACAUGAAUUUGGUUGAUGUUUAUAUCUGCUCCAGUCCAAUGUUUUCAUGUAAUACAUGCUUGACUGAAAAGGCUAACUGGAUAGAAAAUUACCUGGGCCACAGGUGGGUGGAAAAGCUGAUACUGAUUAAAGACAAAACGCUGAUAAAUGCAGACGUUUUGAUUGAUGAUAGACCAGAAAUCACAGGUGCCAACAAAGCGCCGCACUGGGAGCAUGUGGUGUUCACAGCCUGCCAUAACAGCUUUUCAGAAAUUGGACAGAAGCGAAGACUAAGUGGGUGGACAGAUGGCAGUUGGAGGGAACUGAUAUCAACAUUUCUAAAACAGUUGCAAAUUAACAAUGUAGAAAGUUAA